AUGCAGAUGUAUUUAACUCCUGCCACCCUCUAUGCCCUCAGGUUAUCAUUUCAACAGGGUGCCGUUACGUCUAUGCUCCGCAAGAAUAUAGUCGACCGAAACAUAAUGACGUCAGCCUUUGUCCUUGCAACCGUUGGUCUCUCAAUGAGCAUAUUUUCUGUGAAGAAGAUGUUGACUUCUAAACAUCGGGUUCAUUUGUAACAAUUUUCAACGAGAUCAUUAGCAACAGAUCAACACUGAAGAACAAAGAAGAAACAGACGAGAAGACUGUCUCAUCAAUAUGAUUUCACGUAUUCGAACUAUGUAUGCGAUAUCUUUGCGACGAAAAUUCGUGACCGUAUCUAGGAUAGUCACCUAACAUUAGGAAUCUUGUAUAAUUAAUUCAUUGGCAAGGCAAAGUGUUUUCAAUCAAUAAUCGUUAUAUCAAUCUGGUCUAAAUAAGUCAUAGGAUGUUACUUCUAAUACCCUGAUCUUCGAAGAAGGUGUAAUCGCGAAUGACGUAGUUUCGUUUGGAUGAUAGGUAUUGGUAAUUGAGAAGAUAUGUAUCGUGGAAACGAGUAAAAUUCAAUUACGUCUCGUAAGAGAAGAAAUUUUUCUCAGAAACUAUCUCCAAGCAAAUGAAGAUUUUGUUUAAGUAUUCGUAGAGGAAAGGUGGUUGCGUUCUAGCGAUUUUAGAAAAUUAUUAACUCGUAAGAACGCAUUUUGACAAUGUUAACUUUUGAAAAACAAGAUCAACCAGUCAUUAAGGUGUUACUGUGAUCGUUGUUAUUAAAUUGAAUCACUAACAUUGAUGGCUAAGUUAUGUAAGCACAACAUUGUAUAUUUAUAUAGAUGUAUUGUCAUAGUCGAUCAUACAAAUUUUCUGCCACCACAA